UGUGCGUGUAACCAGCAGCAGGGACGAUGUGCGUGGAAGUGGGUGUGUGACGUGAGAUUCGCUGGGUGCUUUUUCGCAUCCGAUCUCGCAAAGCAAUAGUAAACGGUAGUUAAUUUAUUUAAUUUAGUGCGACAGUACACAUAUUAGGCAGCAUGGUUAUCAACAAAAUUUGUUGCAUUGGUGCCGGGUACGUUGGUGGACCCACCUGCAGUGUUAUAGCGUUGAAAUGUCCAAAAAUCAGAGUCACCGUAGUUGACAAGAGCACGGAGAGAAUAGCGCAAUGGAAUUCGGAGAAAUUACCAAUAUAUGAGCCUGGUCUAGAUGAUGUUGUAAAGGAAUGCAGAGGACGCAAUCUGUUUUUCUCCACUGACAUUGAAACUGCUAUCAAAGAAGCAGACCUAAUAUUUAUUUCAGUUAACACACCUACAAAGACAUUUGGAAAUGGAAAGGGUCGAGCUGCAGAUUUGAAGUAUGUGGAGAGUGCUGCCAGAAUGAUUGCAGAUAUGGCCACAGGUGACAAGAUAGUUGUUGAAAAGAGCACUGUACCUGUUAGGGCAGCAGAAAGUAUACUCAACAUCCUGAGAGCAAAUAAAAAGCCAGGUGUAUCGUAUCAGAUCUUGUCAAACCCAGAAUUUCUUGCUGAAGGAACUGCUAUUGAUGAUCUGAUCAACGCAGACAGAGUGCUCAUAGGUGGCGAAGAUUCACCUGAAGGACAAGCAGCUAUUGAAAAAUUGUGUUGGGUGUAUGAACAUUGGAUAUCAAGACGAAAUAUAAUAACAACAAAUACAUGGUCAUCUGAACUGUCUAAACUGGCAGCUAAUGCUUUCUUGGCCCAGCGAAUUUCAAGCAUUAAUUCACUGUCUGCUGUUUGUGAAGCAACAGGAGCAGAUAUUUCUGAAGUCGCACGUGCUGUGGGUCUUGAUUCCAGGAUUGGUCCAAAAUUUUUGCAAGCAUCUGUUGGGUUUGGUGGUAGCUGUUUCCAGAAGGAUAUACUUAAUCUUGUGUACAUCUGUGAAUGUCUUAACCUCCCAGAAGUUGCAGCUUACUGGCAACAGGUGAUAGAUAUGAAUGAAUAUCAGAAAUCUCGGUUUUCUGCUAAAGUUAUAGAAUCAUUGUUUAAUACUGUAACAGACAAAAAAAUAACAAUACUUGGAUUUGCAUUUAAGAAGAAUACAGGAGAUACACGGGAGUCUCCAGCCAUACACGUUUCAACGACAUUACUAGAUGAAGGAGCAAAGUUGCAUAUUUAUGAUCCAAAGGUGGAACCUUCACAGAUUCUUGAGGACUUGACACAUCCAUCUGUCACAGAAGAGCCUGAAAAGGUGAAGAAAUCAAUUGAGAUACAUAGUGAUGCAUAUACAGCAACAAAGGGAACGCAUGCUAUAGUACUAUGUACCGAGUGGGAUGAGUUUGUUACUCUUGAUUACCAACGCAUUUAUAAUGGAAUGAUGAAACCAGCAUACAUAUUUGAUGGACGGAAAAUUUUGGAUCAUGAGGCUCUGAUGAAGAUUGGUUUCCAAGUACAGACAAUAGGUAAAAGACUUUCACGACCAGUUGUAUCUCGAGUGUGGGGCAGUACAACACAGGUUUAAAUAAAGACUGAAUGUGAAAGUGACAUUGCAUAGAUGAUCUUGUCAGACUGAGUAGUAUGUUUCAGACAGAAAGCAGGUCAAUUUUCCUGUAACUUGUGCCGUAUGUGAACACUUGUUAGCAUUUAAAGACUUAUUUUCUGUAUAAAACAUAUAACUUAAAGAUGUAUGUUGUUCAUUGUAUAUUAAUCAUCUACAUCUUUUACACUUUUGUAUAGGUGUGUUCUGUUGUGUUAUAAUUCUUGUUUUCUGUCUUUUAAUGAUCACUGUUGCAACUUGUGGAGAUAAUAUUCAUUUAGUUUCAUAAAGAUCUAGUUUUUGCCUGCAUAGUAGCACACGUAAGUAGUUUUAUGUUUAUUGUUGAUUUCAUUUUGUAGUUUUUGUGGUCAAUGUAACUUUCAUGAAUGACACUACAGGUGUCGUCGUCAUAACAUUCGUAGCACUUUUGUUUCAGAAAGUGACUGUAAGUGACAGGGCACUGAUGGAGACAGCAAGCUACUAGCCCCUCACACCCAUCCUCUCCAUUAUAUUUAUCAAGUGCCCUGUCAUAAUCCUCAUGCGAUUUCCAUCAUAUAGACUAAUAUUUUCUAUCCCCCUCUGCCAUUGCUUCCCCUCUCCCUCAAUCUUCACCUCCACUUUUUGGUAUAAGGCAAGAGGAAGCAGAGAGCACAAGUUAAAAAUGUUUAUAUGCACUUUCUCCUUUCAUAUUAAUCCAUUAUCUAUGUUACCAUUGAGAGCCAGGAAUGGAGUUUAAUGAUUUACUUUCAUUCUGUGCUUUCAAGGUGGUGGUAAUUUCUAUGGGAAAUUGCCUUUGCCAUACAGAAACUAGAGCAAGAUACCAUCAGUAUUAUCAGAUAUAUAGCAUAACAUUUUAAAGGAAAGUAUUCUGUGUGUACUUCAAUAUAAAUUCCAUUUACACCUAAUAGUUUCACAAUAUAUUUUAGCUAUUUAUUGUUCCUUCUCUUUCCCUAUAGUGGAAUUAAAUUUCAUUACAUAAAACCACAAAUAUAAAUAUUGACUGCUGUCAAUUGAUACUGUGAUUGAAGUAUCAUCUCAUUUAAAAUUGAUUCCUGUUUGAAGUAUUUGCAGUAUUUUGAGGACUGUAGUUGUCAGGGUACUUGUUUAUGGGACAUUUAAUUCAAAAUUUCCCCACUGAUCAAUUUCUUAAAUAACAAACUAGUUUUGUCCUCUGACCUACUGCAAUAUUCUUUGAAGAAGGCAACCCUUAAGAGAGUAUUAUGUUAAAAAGAAAUGAUGUAGAGAAGUAAGAUCUUCAUUGUGAAAAUGUGUUAUUCAUUUGUUCCCAGCUUCUUUGUACAUGUGUUGAAAGCAUUUAAUCGUAUAAUAAAUGUACUACAGCAAGACAAAUAUGCAUUUACAAAAAAUAUUAUAGAAUGAAAAGUAUUUAAUUAUAUGUGUGAUUUUUCUAAUUGUUAAACUUGCUUUUUGUAGACUUCUUGAUGUGUUCUUUUGAUGCAGCAACAAAUAAAUGCCAGUGAUCAUUAUGUACACAUGAAUCUGUAAUAUUUACUCUUUAGUUGAGUGAGUCUUUAGAUGAUGUAACUACCAUAUUAAUUUGUGUGUGCUAAAAGCUGCCAUGUUGUUCAGGAAAAUAUUUUGUAUGUGGUAUUUCAAUAAUGAAAAUAUCAAGAUAGAAACAACCACAGCAAAAAUGAGGGAAAGUAACUAGUCACCUGCAGAUAAAUGACAGUACUUACAAGUGGGUGUGUGGUUACCUCUCCCCAUAUUUCAUUUGUGCUAGACUCAUAGAUAGAUCUUGCUUGCCUGAUGUUGGGAGGAUUGGGGAGUGAAUGACAGCAUCAGCAAAUAAAAUAAUGCAAACUUCAGAUAUCAAAAGCUAAAGUUUCUGCACAAGUCUAUACAACAGAAAUAAAAAGGAGAAUGGAUCCAUAAUGAUAUGAUAAAGAAUGUGAAAUGCAUCUCGAUUUAUUGUUACUACUGACUACUUGAAGUUGAUGGAAAAAAAUAUUUUUAAUAUUUCCGAUAGAGCUGGCAGUCAUUCACAACCUUCUGUUCAUCCAGCAUUCACAUCUUUCUUCUCAGUUAUUCUUUGUAUGUGAUAGUUCUGUACUUCAAGUUAAGGCAGCAAUCUGAAUUUUAUUUCCUUGAGUGUGCUUUUGUGUAUCCAUUGUCGUUAAAUUUUGUAAACAUGACUGAAUUUCAUAUUAAAUUAGGCCAGUUAUGAUACUGUUCUGUUACACUGCUAUACUUGUACAAUUGAUCAUUCCAUAGCAGAAACCUUCAGUUGACAGUAGCAUACUUAAAGUAACAUAAAAUGUUUCCUUGUUAGUUCAUUUAAGUGGUGAUGGGCAUGGGAUAAGUGCUACAGUUAACACAUCCAGUGUUGAUUUUAUGCAUGUAACCUGAUCCUGGCAACUGGGAUUAUGCAUUUUUCUCAGUGAGGUUGAUCUCCUCCCUACCCUCCACCCCCCACCCCCACACCAACUUAUCUGCAUAAUUUAACAGCCCUGUGAAUAUAAUACAUGUUCAGCUAUAUGAAUGACUUACUACAAUUGCAUCAUGCAUUAUAACUUUUAUGAUUCUAUUCACAGCUGUUAUUUUCUCAGCAACUGUAAUAUAUAUUCCAGAAUAAAUGUCUUGCACUUGUGAUAAGACCACAGAAUUGGCUUUGAAUUAUUGAUACCAAAAAUGCCACCCAUAAUCUCAUUUGCCAGGGUCAGUCUUGUGGAGAUGUCUCAAUCUGUGUCAAACGUGAAAAUCAAAUGCAGUUUUAUGUUGUCCGUUUUAUUUAUUAAAUUGUAAGUGACCAUGUAAUUUGUGCAUUAUCUGUAACUGUGCAAAUACAUGAAUUCUAAAUACA